GUGUUGCGGGAACCGCCGGGUGUGGACUAGGCAUGCGCAGUGUGGCCGCAUACCUGACUGUGUGCGCCUCCACUCACUCACUCGAGUGUUGUUAACGGCGGAGCGGGAGUGUGUCGGGACCGGGAUCGAGUGUGCUGUGAGACUUGCGCAGUAUGAACAAGUGUAGGCCCAGGCCGCAGCCUUCACGGUGCAGUGUGUGAGCGCCAGUCUGGCUGCUGAUUUUUGAUAUAGUGACGUUGUUUGAUAUAAUUAAAUCAUGAGGAUGGCUAAGCGGGGCGGGGCAGACCCGACACCCAUCUGUCGUUGUCGAGUGCUGUACUUGGGGUCAUCUGUGCCCCAGGUAACAAAGGAUGGUCUUCAGGGCAUUCAGGAGCCCCUGAGGGAGCUGUAUCCUGCAGAAGGGGCCGUCAGUGCCCGGGGAAUAGACUCGUGGCUUUCCGUGUGGUCUAACGGAUUGUUGUUGGAGAAUGUGGAUGAAAACAAGAAGAAGGUGACUCGUUUCUUCCCCAUCGAGUCUUUGCAUUACUGUGCAGCGGUGAGGUACGUUGUGGUGGCCGGGGGCGAGGGCGCCGCUGUGCCCAGAUUUUUGCCUCUCGACUCUCCCUUCGCUCGUAACCCCAACAUCAACCAUCCGCCGCUCUUCGCCUGCAUCAUGCGUCGCACCACGGGCAUCAAGGUGCUAGAGUGCCAUGCCUUCAUAUGUAAACGCGAAACCCCAGCCAACGCCUUAGUGCGCUGCUGCUUCCACGCCUACGCCGACUCCAUGUACGCCCGCAGCCUGGAGGGGGGCGGCGGCGAAGGCAGCGCCAGCCAAUACGGCUCAAUGUACGGAGGGCGAGUCACGGAGGAGCGGGUCCUCGAGAUCGAGGACUUAGGCAGCGGUACGUCGGAGAUCAUCCCCGUCUCGCUGGGCUCCUCCCCUACACAAGAUGCUCCCGCCUCUCCCACCUCCCAGGGUUCUCCCCAGGGCGAUGAUGUCUCCAUUUAUAACGGCGACGAGAACCACAAGGUGUGGGCGGGGCCUUCCAAGACCGAAACCGAGCUCAUAUAUUCGGAUUAUUCCGGAACGCUGAGGUCUGCUCGAUCCACCUCGUCCAUCUAUGGCACUACCAGCGGAACUCGUGCCUCACGACCCCGUCAGAUGAUGAUGCCGCCAGUGGCCCCACCUCCCGUGCCUGAAAGUGACAAGGAUAAGAAAGGAAAGAAGGAAAUCAAGUAUAAGGGUCGACGGGAGGACGAUGAGGUAAGCCGGGUGAGUAACGGGGCGCCGCCUCCGCGUCCCGCCAGUGUGGUGAACGGCGGUGGGCGUCACCACCCCCAUCCUCAUCCCCACGCCAAUGGCAGCCUGCCGCGGCACCUCAACGGGCAUGGGUCCCCGCCUAAGAAUAAGGGAAAGUUCCGCUUCAUGCAGGGCACCGCCAGUCUUUCUGAGAGGAAGAGUAAGGGCAUGCGUGGGCCCCCGCCUUUCGUUUUGGUCCAGGGUCCUCAAGGGCCUCAGUCCCCACCUCAGGGCAUGCAUGGACCCCAUGGCCCUCAUGGACACCCAGGACCUAUGGGGCCACCCAUGAUACCCCCACACAUGGGCCAUCCUCCUCCCAUGCCUCCUCCACACAUGAUGCCCGUGCAGGGUCCCCCUCCUCCACAUAUGAUGCCCCCUCCAGGCAUGCCCCCACAUGCUAUGAUGCCUCCCCCAGGACCCAUGGGGCCCUACGGAGCCCAAGGGCCUUACGGGCCGCCUGGACGCCGGCCACCGUCCCGCGUGCUGGAGGAGCCUAUUUACAUGCCAUCCAACCGGCCGCUGAGCCCCACGGCCUCCUACCAGCCGGGUCACUUCCCACACGAGCAGUACUUGAUGGAGCAGUACGCCACCACGGGCCGCCCCAAGCACAGGAAGAAGAAGAAGAGUGGUGGAAAGAAAGAAUCGGACGAGGACAUUUAUGGCAAGAAGGGCCAUCUCAACGAACGAGCCUUUUCUUACAGCAUCCGAGAAGAGCACCGGUCUCGCUCGUAUGGCUCCCUGGCUGGUCUGGGCGAGGACACCAUGACCAAGAAGGAUCGCGAGAUAAUGCAGAUGGUGGCCGAUCUGGACCUGAGUGGUGAUGAGCUGGAGCGAGUGGAUCCCCGGCCUGGAGUGUACCGUCCCCCACACCCUGACCGCCUGUCAGCUUCAGGCACCAUCACCUCCAGGAUCUCCCGAGCCUCCAGGCGGUAGAAGAGACACGGAAUCUCAAUGUAACAUCACCGCCUCCACUACCACCACCACCACCGCCACCGCCACCGCCACCGCCACCGUCACCACCACCACCACCGCCCUAUGAUCACCUUGAGGCGUCCCUGGUCUUCGUCACCUCGUCCCUACCCCGUCCCCUCACCUAGUCUUCCGCGAAAUCAUUGUUAUUAUUAUUAUUAUUAUUAUUAUUAUUAUUAUUAUUAUGGAGCGAGUAGUAUCAGCUUUUUUGUUAUUUCAUUUUAGAGACUACCAAAAAUAGGAAGAAAGUAACAGAAAGAAGAAUGUCCCAUGCAUUUUGUCUCAGAUGACAGGGAUUGAUUGAUUGAUUGAAAACUGUGUGCCGCAACACGGAUGUCAUAUGACGCCGUGAGCAGGACAUUGCGAGGAAGGAGUGAGGGAAGAGGCGGAGCAAAGUGCAGAUCCGCCGUGUAGGAGGGAAGUGGGGGCGGAAGGAGGGAGGGGAAGGGUGUGAACACUUUGGACGGUGUCACUGCUUGGUACUGACUCACUCACCAAUUGAUAAGUGUGAGCGUAUAGAUGGAAGGCAAGAAAAGAAUAACUUUAGAGAAAAUGUAGUUAGUUAAGCGGAAUUUUUAUUAGAUAUCAAAUUAUUUUUGUAUGUUUUGACCAGUUCCCUGUUCACCUGACGUCACCCUCACCGACAAACUGAUCAAGUCGUUUUAUCGGCGAUUUCUUAAUGUUUGCUUCAAUGAAUUCUUCAUCACGUGAUAUGACUCAUGUCUAAGACUCGGGCGGUCAAUUAUUUGACUUAAUUUUCCUGUUAUUGAUAUGGAAAUACAGGAAACGAGACCUUUGCGUCAUCUCAAUUUCCCGAAAAAAGUAGAGUAAAUUGAUUUGACAGUUUGUGUAUGAAGGUGACAACAAAAGCAAGGCGGACAGCGCGAUGCAUUUUGUGCCAUGGCGGAUGGAGCAGCAUGCAGACAAUAACAAUAGUAAUGUAUUCAGGUUAUGUUGGUGGACAUCCUGUGUUCUGCCUUUGCCUCCCUUCCACCACUGACAGCCGGACACAACGGUCUUCCUUAUACAGCCAUCAGUCUUCCAAGCAUAACAUGACUGGCUUUUCUAAUUACUCGUAUAAUUAGUGAUAUCCCUUGUCCAUUAAAAUAACCUGACUUCAUUUUUCAUAAUUUGCAUAAUGUCAAAGAAAGCUCAUCAAUACUAUCCUUCCAUCUUCCAUCCAUCCUGCAAACUUGGUGCAGCUGAGAGGUGGCGUGUAAUGCUGUGAGGUGUUAUGCUGCUUGCUUAGGUGGUCUGCUGGAACUCUCUCCUUGUUUGCAGUGAGAAAGGCCAAUGAUUUUGUGAAUGAUUGAUGUAAAACGCAGCAACAGUUGUAAGAGCAAGUGGCGCUCAUGGAGUUAAAAGAAAUAAUAAAUAAGUUUCGGAAGGACGGGCAGCAGAAAACGUUGGCAAUGCAAUGAUCCAACUGUACACACGACCGGAAAUAUAUUUUUUACUGUAUUCUUCUUCCUUCGUCUGGCGUCUUUCUCUUCCCCAGCGGAGGAUGCAGCAGGUGUGUUCUUACCCAGUUGUAUAUUUAUUACUACUCGUCUUAUAUACAUACAUAUCUUAGCAGCACUGUCUUACCUCGAGCGUGUGAGAAACGCCUUCAUGUUUCGUCUGUAUAUAAAAGUCUAAGUUUGUAUUGAACUAAGGAUUUAUCUUAACCUGUAUACACAACUCAGUUAUUCGGUCAAGUACUUCUUCACUUGUUGAAUUUAACACACUUUAAAUACUAUAAAUAAAUGAAUAAAUAUAUAUAUAUAUAUAUAUAUAUAUAUAUAUAUAUAUAUAUAUAUAUAUAUAUAUAUAUAUAUAUAUAUAUUGAGAUAACGUUGGUGAUCAAGUGUUGACUCCCGUGCUGUUAACACAUCUGUGACGCACUGGGGAACAACCGCUUGUGUCUCUGUUGUCCUCUACAUGUGCUAUUUUUAUAUACUUACGUAGUGUGUGUGUGUGUGUGUGUGUGUGUGUGUGUGUGUGUGUGUUACUCACAAGAGCAUACAUAGUGGGCCCAUGAUACAUGUACCCUCCACUGUUCAUUCACGCAAUACUGGUGGGAGGAAUGAACAUGAGUAGAUCUUGCCUUGACGUUCCCUGCCUCGCCAAGCCAGGCAGGGAUUCACAAACUUCUGCUAGCAUGGCCACCUGUCCACUAGUAAUAUAUGGCAUGACGGACGGGAACCAGAAAGAAUAAUAAUAAUAAAAUAAUCAUAAUUAACGAAUAAGGCGUCACAGCCAACUUACAAUGGCGCCGGAGGAGGAGGAGGAGCAGGAAUAACAAGACAAGAAAUCAAAAGGAAAAGUGGUUACAGAAGAAUGAAUUGUGUCAGGGCGCCACAAAGGGUCACGUGGCGCCUUGGAGUGUGAGGUGAAUGAGUGUAUGAAGUGUGGAGUGAUUGGUCUAGUUUAUUAUCCCCCUCUCGUGAUGCAGCUCAUUAGUUAGGUUAGGACAUACGGAGGAGUCGUGAAGCCCUUACUAGUGAUGUCCACACACGUGCCACUUACUCCUGUUGCUGAUUACUGCCGCCACUCACUGCUUCACCUUGGAACAAUACGUAUUUUAAGGUUCUGUUUUAGGUAAACACAUUUCCAUAUUAACUCUAAAUCAGUGUGUGAUUAUGUUGUAGUGCAACUCUGUUAUCAUCAUCCCAAAGAAGUUUAGUAUUCGAAGUUAUAACAUCCAGUCUAGAACUUAGGAAUGUCUGUAUGUAUAACGAUUACAUAGCAGGUCAGCCAAGCGGUGGACAGAUGUUCACUGUAGUAUGUACCCGAGGCGGCAGGACAGCAGCAAUGAUAGGUUAGUAGGGGCUUCACACUCCCAUCUUGUACAGCAUGGGUCGUCCCUUCAGCUAAUACUGAUGAUGAUGAUGAUGAUGAUGAUAUACUUUAGUUGAUAUGACAGCGACUGGUGCCAGAGAAUAAUAAUAUGUACAGCCAGUGUAUAACUGUAGGGAAUAAACUGUAUGAACCAUAA